AUGCGUUUUGUUGGUCUUUUCUCCUUAUUGCUACUGAGCCGAUUGCACGUCAGUGCUGCCACGGUGGGCAGCUCACCAGUCAAAAGCGUGGUCGAAUACCCUCUCCCAGCCGCCGCCGAAACACACGAGAUUGUCGCGGUGAGCGACAACCUUUUACUCAUUUCUCAACAAACUGACGGAAGUCUCGUCAAAGUAUCGCUUGAUAGCAACGGAAAGCCUACCGGCUCUCGCAAAUACACCCCAACAAACCAAUGGUCCGGUCUACAUGGACUUACAAUAGGCUCUGGAACGUCAGGCAAUUCCUCUAGUCCCACCGUCUGGGCAACCGUCCAAUUUGACAAUGCUAUUCUCCAAAUUGAUCCCAAUGGUGACGAUAUCAACUCUCCGCCAACGGUCGUCAAGACUAUCCCUAUUCCUUCUCCCGCCUACGGACCACACGGCCUAUUGUAUAAUAACGGAACGCUAUGGGCAGCGUGCAAGGACAGCUCGCACGUAGUCAGAAUCAAUAUUGACAAUACGGAUGAUUACCAAGUGUGGGCUGUUAGCGGACGUCCUAUCUUUGUUGCUGUUCACCCUACUAGCGGAGACAUCUACUCUGGUCUAGACUUGAGCAGCAAGAUCUGGCACUACAAGAAUGAUGGAAGUGCUGGUGAGGAGAUUGCCGUUCCUGCAAACAAAGGCAGUAUCCCCGUCGGCCUGGUUGCUGGACCUGACGGUAACGCCUGGGUCGGUUUGUUGGGCAACUCAACCACCGGCACAGGCACAUUCGGACGCAUCAACGCUGACGCAUCUAUCGACUGGUUCACCCUGUCCUCUAACGUCGGCAGCACCGCCGGUAUCAUCCACAUUGCAUUUUCGCAAGACCCUUCCCAAUUCUGGCUCUUGGGAUCAUCGACCCUAUGUGCUCCUUGUGUCAAUGCAGUUUUCAGCGUGAAAAUCGCCGAUAACUCGACGACCGGAACCGCAGCUCCGAGAAUUGCGGUACAAAACUCGAUUGUCUUGCCGACCCAGUACAGCUGGACUCAUCGUAUCAUCUAUCAUAAUGGAGGCUUGUACGUCACCGAGCUGACGACUUCGACUCUUGCUCACAUUAGCGGGGUUGCUGCGGAUGGGUUGAAUGUCAGUGAGACUUGGGACCAGUAUGCCGACUGGGGUCUAGGCUUGAAGGCUCAAGGUAUUGACUAUAACAACACCAUCUUCUAA